CCUCUGGAUCGUUCAAUACCGUAUCUAUCUGCACAUGACGAAAUCGGAUUGCAAAGUUAAGAAUAUUCCGGUAAUCUUAUCGCGGGAUAAAAGACACGUAGUAGUCAGUGACGGUUUCGAAACGGUUCGCGGUACAUCUGUGUUUUCAAAGCUAUCCAACAGAUUGUUUAAGAUACAAAACUGUGACUAGUUUUACAUUCGUAGAUAACCUAAGAGAAAAUAAUUGACGCGUGUUAUGAUGAAUUUCAAGAAUGUCACUCACUGCAUUUUCGACAUGGACGGUUUGUUAUUGGACACAGAAACACUGUACACGGUGGCCUACAAUAGUGUAACUCAGGAACAUGGGAAAACGUACACUUGGCAGCACAAGGCACAAAUUAUGGGAUUUAAGAGUACCGAUGCUGUGCAAACUAUAAUAGACAUGCUGGAACUGCCGAUAACAGCGCAAGUGUUUGAGGACAAGCUUACCACUUUGUAUCAAGAACUAUUUCCCAAAUGCAACCUUAUGCCAGGUGUGGAGAGGUUGCUGCGACAUCUGAAAGAAAACAAUAUACCUGUCGCACUGGCUACAAGCUCGAGUCAAGAGAGCAGCGAUCUGAAGACCCAGAGAUGGAAGCAUAUAUUUGACUACUUCGAUCACAAGGUAUACGGUGGUUCUGAUCCUGAGGUGUCUCAGGGGAAACCAAGUCCAGACAUAUUUUUGAUCGCUGCGAGACGUUUCCCCGACAACCCUGAUCCUUCGAAGUGCCUGGUCUUCGAAGAUUCACCGAACGGAGUGCAGGCUGCUGUCGCUGCUAAGAUGCAAGUGGUGAUGGUGCCAGAUCCUCAACUUCCUAAACAUCUCAUGAAAGAUGCUACGCUAGUCCUGGGGAGCCUGGAGGACUUCAAACCGGAGAGCUUUGGUUUACCUCCGUUUGUAGCAUGAAACUAUCUGCCUUAGCUCGCGGAGAAGGCACUAGAUGAGUUAGACGCAAUUGGAUGUAACCCGAACAAGUAAAUUAUCAAAUGUCGGCGAGGAAUAUAUAUAUAUAAAAGGAAAAAAAAAAACAGAAGCCUGCUGGCAGGUUUUUCUCAUCACCGGUGGAGAUCUGACUGAUGUACAUAGAUUUCAUUACAGAAAAAUAACAAAGAUGUAUUACUUCUCAAGAUACACAUAUUUUCAUACACAAAGGAAGAAUCGUCACUGCCUAAAAUAGGAGAAAUAAUGGGAUCUACAUGGUGGUGCAACACUUAUACAAGUCACAAGAUCUCCCUCGUAUAUUUAUUAAGUGUUAAGUUCCAUUUAUAUCUAUUGAGUUCUUAGUUUCACGAAGCUUACUUCAAUAUUAUUUUAUAUACAAUAGUCACAUUGAAUUGAACUCGUUGAAUAUCGCAGGUAUAUAAAAAGUGAAAAAAAACAAAUACAAAUAUUUUUCAGCAGAAAAGAGUAGUCACUUUGUAUAAUCCAACAGCUUGUCACCUUAUGUAAUCCAUGAAUAUCCAGCGUGCAUUGUAUGCACAAGAGGCGGAACUUUUUCAUCGGGUGACUUUUACUU